UUUUGGUCAAUAAUCCAUGAAGAAGCAUGUACAUGUACAUGACUGUAUGGAUUUACAAAAAAAGUCAUAAACGUGAUUUAACUGAUAAGCAUGUUAAAUGCAUUAGUGUGCAUUUCAAAAGGCGUUUCACUGUAACUCCAGUGUUGCUGACCGUGUUGCCACGAAUAAUAAUGAGCUCCUGGGUGGUUGAAUAUGCAUGAGUUCGGCUCUCCAUCUAGGGCAGAAAAAGGCGCUGUUUGGUGAGCCGGGCUUGCCAAAUAGACACUUCCUUUUAAUUAUUGACAUCCAUCUACAAGUAUAGAAUAAUGUGUUCCAUGCACGUGAACUUUUAUUUGAAUUUUGAUAACAUGACGUAAUUUUGUAAUGUUCUGCCUUGAGCUCGAUCGUGUACUAGGAUCUGUUGUACAUUAUUUGAAGUAUAUGCGAUCAAGGUCAGUUGUGUACCCGUCCUUUCCCACAUAUGCCCGGUCAUAUAAAAGGUAGCAAUUUAGAGCAAAUUAAUUCAUUCGUCCACCUGAAAAAAGUAUUACAUAUAUAUAUUUGGAGGUUACUAAAUAGACUAGUUGAAAUAUCAUUCCAAACUGCGGACACAACUGGAAAGGGAGAGAAUAAGUCAACUGCUGGCGGGAAGCAAGGAGUAAAGGUGAUACAUACGGUGAUACAAACAUGUAUGAGAAGGCCAGGAGGUGGCCAAGAAUUGCGAUAGUAGAACUUUUGGAGUCAUUUUAACUUAUGGGCCUAUUCGUUGACGGACACUUUCGUUUGUUGGAUUACUGCAGUUGAGUAGGAUUAGAAGACUAUGUAUGUAACUGAUGUAGAGCCGAGCACCACAUGAAGACACGAUGACAGAGAUGGAAAGUAAGAUGAACCCAGACGGGGAGGAUGUCGAGGAGGACAGGGAGGAGAAAUCCGAUCUCCCAUUGAGGAUCCUCGAUAUGUUCCUUGCUUACGUAUUCCUCGCUCCUCUGGUCGUGGCGUACUGGAGAGGGACCUGGACUGUGAUAGACACUUACUUAGCUCCGGACAAUAAAGAGAUAUCAAGCUGGGCUUCCACAGUUAUAGGCAUAUCUAUUAUCAUGACAGUCACUGUCCUGCAAGAGUUAUUCAAGAGAUGCUCGAUGAAGAUGCACUUCAUUGCUUUGACAGUACUCACUAGGGUUUAUAUUUACGUGGUCGGAUUCGGUGCGGUAAACCUAUGGAGAGGGGUUUGGUAUCUUUGGGACCACUACACGAGUAAGACGGCGAUCAGCGGGGGGGUCAGCUUCACGGUCGGAGUGGUCUUGCUGGCCCUGUGUCGUGGAGUGAGGAACAUCAACGCACCUCCUUUAGUUAUCGUUGUCGACAGGAAUAGCGUCUGUUUCGACGUUCCUACCCGAUUUCAUGCAAGCGUAAAAGUUGUCUGGAAGUAUGUCCUGGAUUCGCUGUUCACUGUUGUCCUGGUGGGUAGCUUGGUGGUGUUCGUCUGGCGGGGAGGCUGGACACUAUUCGACAGCCUGGUCUUCCCCGGCGAUGCCACCAAACCACAGAGCGCCCUGGUCUCCUACAUCACAGGAUUCAUAAUCUCUCUUAUUUACGCCAUCAUCCAAUUCCCAGCAGAAAAACUAUCAGAAUGCCUUUCAACACCAAAAAGAAAAUAUGGCAAGAUCAUUUUCGAGCAAUUCUAUUGGCUGAUAGGUUUUUUCGGGCCUUUAAAUAUUUGGCGGGGGUACUGGUAUUUUAUGGACCUGUACUUGUUGCCUGAGCAACCUAUUGUAAGCUGUUGGAUUACCCAUGUCGUGGGGUAUAUCGGGCUAACCUUGCUGGUGAAUUCGACUUCCGUUCUGGUUGUUGGGUGUUUGAUAGACGGAGCAAAGCCAAUGGGGUCGGGAGUCACGCUGCCCAUCAACUUGGUACAGGACAUCAGGCACGAUGGGAAGAUAUUCGCAAAUGCAGAUGAGGUUGAAUGCAGAAGCAACUUUGCGCAUUGCCGACUGAAUGCAGCUAUAGCUGAAGUACAAUUCAUUCUUCGGGGUAAAGGUUUAUUCUUUUUAUUGCAAUACAUUCUUCAAAGCUGCAUGUCUUUCUUCACAUACCAAAGGUUGAAAGGGAGGACCCAUCAAAGGCAAAGAGGCAGGCGAGCGAGUAUAAACUGGUCUUUAGUCGUGUUCCGCAUGUCAUAUUUCACUUGUUACGCAAGGGUCUCUGGUGAGAAUUUCCGUUCCGCAUGUGGGUCGGCGAGCGAGUAUAAACUGGCCUUUAGAGUGCUACCGCUUUGUCUGUAUUCAUCCAAUCCCAAUUAUUUUAACAUAAUACAAUGCCUCGUUGUAAUCAAAAUUGAUAAGCCAUGCACUCCUCCUCUGUCAUAAGUCCACGGGCUGCACCUCGUCAUUAAAAGCACCAUUCUAUUCAUGGAUCUACUAACAUUUGGUCGUCGACAAAAACGAAAGAAAGUAACCCCGGCUGCCAAAAACCCGUUUUUUUCUGGCAGCAGUAUAAUCAUUGUAAACGAUGUAGAUGUACGUACUUGCUGCGCACAGUGUAUGGCUGUUUAAUUCUAAAAUUGAAAGCCUAUUAUCAUUGAUAGGCCUAUAUCAUCACCAUUUAACCAUUUGCAAGUGUCUGUCUGUUGUUUU